UUGAGAUUCGGGAUGAAUGGAAAAAAAUCUACGUUUUCUGUAGAUCCUUUAGUGCGUAUGGUAUGCUCGCCUUUACGACAGGACUUGUCGACGCAUCAUUUGCUUCCUAGAGAAUUAAUGGGAAAAUUCCCUGCUCUUCGUAAUCGUUUUACUCUUCGAUUACUUCCUUUUGCCGAAGAGCAACAUCCUCUUCUCAACCGUCAUGUGUCGGUCUACUGCAAGCUUUCAAAAUCGUACUUGCAGCCUUCUUCCAAGAAAAUUUUAAAGAGAUGGAAUAUGGAACUAAAACAAGCUGGAAACCCUUCAACCGUAGACCUCGUCCAAGCUGAGCUGGAGUCUUCUCUCAAUCGUCUCAUACCAUCGCAAGAGGAACAGGAGAAACAAGGAUGGAUUCAUUAUCAAGACUUUACUUCUUGUAACCUACAUUUGAUAAAUACAAAGGAUGCUCAUCCUGGGCUUUGGGUUCAAUGGAAGUUUGACGAUUUAACCUCUGAGCAAGAGCAUACGAGAAAGCAACUGCAAAACAAAUAUCCUCAAAUAUCAUACUUACCUAUACACAAAACUGUCUCAUUAAGCACAUACAAAGAGAAAUUGGCACGUUUCUUUCCGGAAUCUACGACUUAUACAUUUAUUCCUACUGGUCCAUUGACUACUAGACUAGGCAUGGUAUUAUGGAAAUUAUUGUUUCUACAUGAAGAAUGGAAGUAUCAAAACACAUAAACUUUGUGUUAUUCCAUUUCUGCAAGCUGACUCUAAGUUUCUUUGUUGUCAAAUUUCUUUGUUCUACAAAGACAAAGAAAUGACACGAAAUAAGGAUUGAUGUCACAGAUUUUUUUUUUCUUUUUUCCUUUGUUACGCUCGAUACUUUGUUUUUUCUUUUGAUGGAUGCUCUUUCAACGGAAACCUCUUUCGCCUUUUCCAGUGCCAUUGAGUGUU